AUGAAGUUUUCGCUCCUUGAGGCAUCCGCUGCGCUUUGCAUGGCCCUUGCCCACACGGUGCUGUCUGAGCAGCGCAUCGGUGCCGGCAACUUUACUUUGACAAGAUGCCCCCCAGGAUUCGGAGGGGAAAAUUGCUUUAAGGAUGAAAAACCUGCUGUCGUUUAUCCCGCCAAAGAAGAUACUGCACCCGGAUACAGAAACGGUUUCUACGACUUCAUUGUUGAAUGGGAAGCGACGCAUCUCCUCACCUGGGAGAAAGAGGACGAUGAGCCCAGGAACUUGACAUUUUCUCUGGGCGAGUAUUCACUACAAAGAAUAAUCCGCUCCGAAAGGGCAAUGAAUUUCACGUUCAAGGACUUGGCUAUCGAGAUGGCGCCAAAAUCUAACAGUAGCUUUCCUGAGCGAGUUGUACUCGCGGCCGCCAUGCGCAGCUCAUGGAAUAGUAUCGAAUUCAAGGUCUGGAACGAUGCGCACAACAUGACCUUCGGCAACGGAAUCAAGGCUUUUUACGCUCUCCCUGCGAACUUUUUCACAAUGAAGUUCUAA